AUGCAUCUCAACGCCAUCUUCGUCUCGGGCCUCGUGGCUGUCGCUUCCCGCCAGGUCAAUGCUGUUCCUUGUCCCAAGCCAGCCCCUGUCUACAAGCCCAUCACCAGCAUUCAAUUGGGCCCAAGACCCUACUGGUUGGUCAACGACAUGGACGAGGGCCCUCUGAAGGAAAAACUGCAGUCGUGCUCAGAACAGCCCAUCAAGCCCUCCAGCUGGAGCAUUGGGCAUCGCGGCGGCGGUACUAUGAUGAUCCCCGAAGAGUCAGUCGAGUCAAACCUCGCCGGUGCGCGUAUGGGUGCUGGCGUUCUCGAGUGCGAUGUCGCCUUCACCAAGGACCGCCAACUAGUCUGCCGUCACUCCCAGUGCGAUCUCCACACGACGACCAACAUCGUUACCAUACCUGAGCUCAACGCCAAGUGCACCACACCCUUCACUCCCGCCAGCAACGGUACGGCCGCGACAGCCAAAUGUUGCACCUCGGACAUCACCGUCGCCGAGUUCAAGACUCUCUGCAGCAAGAUGGAUGGCUUCAAUGCCUCGGCAGUCAACCCCAAGGACUUCUUGCUCGGUACCCCGAGAUACCGCACCGACCUCUACUCUACCUGCGGUACCGUAAUGACCCAUAAGGAGCACAUUGCCAUGACCAACGACCUAGGUCUUCAGUUCACUCCCGAGCUCAAGGUCCCCGAGGUUAAGAUGCCGUUCGAGGGAGACUACACACAGGAACAGUACGCGCAACAGCUGAUUGACGAGUACAAGGAAGCUGGCAUUGCCCCUGAGAGGGUCUGGCCUCAGUCGUUCUACUACCCUGAUAUCCUCUACUGGCUCAAGGCAGAGCCCGAGUUCGGCAAGCAGGGCGUUCUCUUGGACGAGAGCGGAGAUACCCCCGAGACCUAUCCGGGAGCCGUUGCCAACCUGACUCAGUUUGCUGCUGCUGGAGUCAAGAUCAUGGCCCCUCCCUUGUACUACCUCGUCACCGUCGAAGACGGCAAGAUUGUGCCAAGUUCGUAUGCGACCAGGGCGAAGGAGUUGGGCCUUAAGAUCAUCUCAUGGUCUCUGGAGCGUUCUGGCUUCCUCGGAGACGAGACCAAGGGCGGUUACUACUACACUUCCAUCGCCAACGUCACGAACAAUGACGGCGAUGUCUAUAACCUUCUCCACGUGCUUGCUCAAGACGUUGGUGUCCUGAGCAUCUUUUCGGACUGGAGUGCCACUGUCACCUAUUACGCCAACUGUUUUGGCCUGUUCUAG